ACACUGGGUGGUUCGGUUGGCAAGGCCGCCUCCAAGCACCACUAUAAAUUCGUAGGUUCUCUUGCAAAAUCUUUCAGUUCAUCACUUUUUUGCGCGCGAACGCGGGAAUUCGCAUAAGAGUCGAUUUCUUAUGUGCUAGCCCGCAAAGUACGUCAAUUUUCUCGCCUUUUCCCCGGUUUGAUUAGUGAGCAGAAUAGCGCGUUCGGGCUUGAAAAGUGUUUCUUUUUCUGCUUGCAAAAAAUAAUGCCACCCCAAGAGAAACUCGACCAGCCGAAGAGGACUGACGAGUCCCAUUGCUGCGAGGAGGACAGGCAGAUGGACAACUCGCUAUCAGGAUUCACGAAUCGAGGCUUUUCGUCGGACGCCAACCACAACGACAAGGAAAAGGCCAUCGAGAUGUACGCGGAAAAGAGCUCGGAAAAGCGCGAUAACUUCGACUUUGACGAUCUGUUUCCGCACAUCGGCGAAUUCGGCUACUACCAAAUCUUCCUGUUCCUGAUGAUGAUUCCAUUUGCGUUCUUCGUCGCCUGGGUUUAUUUCACGCAAAUCUUCAUCACGCUGGUCCCGGAGAGCCAUUGGUGUUGGGUACCCGAACUGGAAAAUCUCACCGUUGAGGAGAGAAUAGGACUGGCCAUUCCCAUGGACGGGGAAAUGUUGCAUCGUUGUCUCAUGUACGAUGUCAACUACACGGAAAUCCUGCGGGAUGGACUUAAGCGUCCCGAUCCCACUUGGCAAACUGUCCAUUGCAAAAAUGGCUGGGAAUACAACAGCACCGAGGUGCCAUAUUCUACCAUUGCUAUUGAGAACGACUGGGUGUGCGACAAUGCAGCGCUGCCCAGCACAGCGCAAUCAAUCUUCUUCUGCGGCGCCAUUCUGGGCGGAUUGGUGUUCGGUUGGAUCGCCGACCGCAUGGGCAGGAUUCCGGCUUUGGUAGGCACCAACCUAGUGGGCUUCAUCGGGGGCAUGGCCACCACCAUGUGCUCCUCAUUCUGGACUUUUGCAGUUUGCCGCUUCCUGGUCGGAAUGGCCUUUGAUAACUGCUUCACCAUGAUGUACAUUUUAG